CUUCACCACUUUCUUGCUUCAAUAGCUGUACUUUGUUUUCUAUGCUUGAUCGUGAAAGAACGUCAAUGAACCUUUUGGUACUUAAUUCUUUGCUCCCAAACCAAACUCAAAUCACCAAGAAAUGGCUUCCUUACAUCAAAUGCUCUCCGAGGAAGGAUUUGAGCACAGAAAGUUCUUGAGAAGUAGAGACAGAUUAACUAGACCAGAAGAGUCUGUAAUAUUGCCACUACAUAAUUCCCAUGACCAAAAGAGGUUCCAGUCUCCUAAGCAGAAGACCGAUAUGGGUUCCACGCGAAAAGGGUCGUCGAUAUUUUCGUCGAGGAGAGUGAAUUCGGAUUCGGAGAGGUUGCAGUCUAAGUCAUUGUUGAAGGGAGAGGAACCUGCAAUUGAUGUAACAGCUAUUAGAGCAGUGGUAUCUAUACUUAGUGGUUAUAUAGGCAGAUACAUAAAAGAUGUGAGUUUUAGGGAGAUGAUUAGAGAGAAGUGCAACUCUUGCUUGGUGAGAAGAAGCAAGGGUUCGGAUGAUGGUAUUUUUGUGAAUAUGGAAGUGGCCAUGGAAAGCAUUGAGAAGUUGGUUGAAGAGAAAGCAGCAACAAGGAAGGAAGUGAAGAUGGAGUCGUUGAAAAAUUCAAUUCAGCUUUUGAACAUUGUUGCCUCAUUGAAUUCUAAGAAAUCAAGGAAGGGUUCAACUUGUGGUGUACCCAAUUCACAUCUCUCAGCUUGUGCUCAAUUGUACUUGGCAAUUGUUUACAAGCUGGAGAAGAAUGACAGGAUAUCUGCUAGGCAUCUACUUUAUGUUUUUUGCGAUUCGCCAUUUCUAGCAAGGGCUCACUUGCUUCCUGAUAUUUGGGAGCAUUUCCUUCUUCCCCAUCUACUCCAUCUCAAGGUUUGGUACCAUGAGGAGCUUGAGGCUCUCUCGGACUCCCAGCAUGUUGAGGAGGAAAGACGGAUGAAAGCUUUGAGCAAGGUCUAUAAUGACCGGAUGGAUAUGGGAACCAUCCAGUUUGCUCUGUACUAUAACGAGUGGCUCAAGGUUGGGGCUAAAGCUCCUACUGUUCCUGCUGUCCCUUUGCCAUCUAUACCAAGUUAUGCAACAUCAAUGAGGAGAACAUCAGAUUCUUAUAAAUCGCGUUCCUCCAUCAACACAAACUUCAGAUACCGAGCUGUGUUUGGCCCCACGCUAGAGCGGCAAUCGAAGGACUUCGAUUUUCGAAAUAGAGCUUCAAUGGAUACAUGGAGCAUUGAGGAAGAUAAAGUGUGCAUAGAUGAAUACAAAGAUUGCAGUUAUGCUACUGCUAAUAAUAAGACGAGGACUACUCGAAGGCAAUCAAGUCAAAAUUAUGCUAUUUCGAAUCAUUAUACAUGGCAUGAGCCGCUGAAAUCAGAACUCUCUAGGCCUUUUACAUGUCAAAACGUGUCAUCAGAAUGUCUAGGGAAUGGCAACAUCAUAGUCAGGAGUAAUUCAAUCAGGAAUGAAGAGACAACCCACCUUCCUCCUAUUGAUCUAAGUAGAACCAUUAGCACUAUUUGCUCCUCAGAUAGUCUGACUGAGUGUGAAACAGCAAUCCGUGUCACUGCCAAAGCGUGGUUGGACUCCAUUGGCAGUAAUGUAAUUGCAGGUGCUUUAUCUAAAGCACCUGUGAUUGAGGGAUUGCUUGAGUUCUUGUUUGCUUCUACUGAUGACGAAGUUCUAGAGCUGGCAAUAUCUAUUCUAGCGGAGCUCGUAGUAAGAAAUGAAGCAAACAGGUUAAUAGUACUGAACUCUGAUCCACAGCUCAAGAUCUUCAUGAAACUCUUAAGAAGUAACAGUUUGUUUCUUAAAGUUGCGGUUCUGCUUUACCUAUUGAAGCCGAAGGCAAAACAGAUGAUAUCUUUAGAGUGGGUAGCACUAGUCCUACGAGUUUUAGAGUUUGGAGGCCAGUUGCAGACCCUAUUCACCGUACGGUGCAUGCCUGAAAAGGCAGCAAUGUACUUCUUAGGCCAACUUCUAACAGGUUUUGAUGAAGAGAGGAACUUAGAGAAUGCUAGUCAAGUUGUUGCCCUGGGAGGAUUGAGCUUCUUGGUAAGGACCUUUGAAAUAGGAGACAUAAUUGAGAGAAAUCAUGCUGCUACGCUCAUGUUAUGUUGCAUUCGAGCUAAUGGGAGCUCUCGGAACUACCUAGCUGAGAAUUUGAACAAGGAUUCUAUCCUUCAGCUCAUUGUUCUCGGAAUUCAGAAGAAAUUUAAAGGAUAUGUGUUCACUUUACUAGCCGAUCUACUGUGCCUGAGUAGACGAACGUGGAUCAUCAAAUUCUUAACUGGACUCUGUAAUGGAUGGGGUGGCUUGAACACCAUGCACAUCUUUCUAGUCUAUCUCCAGAGAGCUUCACCUGAAGAACGUCCUCUGGUUGCAGCAGUUCUCUUACAGCUUGAUCUUAUGGGAGAUCUUUCGCAGUCCAAUUUAUAUAGGGAGGAAGCGGUUGAGGCAAUCACGGAAUCUUUAGAGUGUCAUAAUUGUAGCACCAAGGUUCAAGAACAAUCGGCGAAAGCUCUCCUGAUGUUGGGAGGCUGUUUUUCAUACUCUGGAGAGGCAUCAGCAGAAGAAUGGCUUUUACGACAAGCAGGUUUCCACGAGAGAUUACGGGAUUCAUUUCAACGCAAGGAGAUAGUUGAUGGGAACUUGAAUGAAGAGGAAGAUGCAAUGGAAGAUUGGCAAGGGAAAGUAGCAGUAGUUUUGCUCAACAGUGGCGGAAAGAGGUUUUUGUCUGCCCUUUCCAAUUCCAUUGUCAAUGGCAUCCCGAUUUUAGUACAAUCAAGCCUCGUCACUGUUGCAUGGAUGAGAAGAAUCUUGCUUCCAGUCAGAAAUGAAAAUUCAUACUCAACAAUAACACCGCGGCUAACAGAAUCACCACAUUAUGACAGAGCUCUUAAUGGAAGAAUGAAUCCAUCUUUUUCACAGCGGCAUCUCAUAAAAAAUUCAGAAUCUCUCUCUAUGCUUUCAACAUUGAAUAAAGAGUUGAUAGAUCCUCUUCGAAACCUUUAUGACAUGGAUAUCUUAUCAGCCUAUCUUUUCAAUCAACACAAGCAAUCACAGGAAUCAAGAAAUGCAACCAAAACACUGACAACCUGAAUUCCUAUAGCGCGAUCGUCAUCGCCAAGUUGUAGAUCAGAAUUCUUGUUCCUCAAGAGGAGUUUAAUACAUGUUAAUCUGUCAUCAUACUUAGUCAUGUUCUUUGUUUCUGAAGGCAUUUCCACUGCAUAGUAAUGGUUCCAGUGCAAGGUCUUUCUCUUCACUUGCAUUGAUUUUGUAAGAGGCAUGUAUUGAAGUGGAUUUCUCCAAUCACAACGACAGCUAUAGAUUGAUGAGAUAAUUCUUCU